AGAAUAUCCUGCUGCUUCUCUUGGACACGCAUCGCUUUUUUCUUAUUGAAGGUUUUUGCCAUACCCAAAAAUAUGGAGGAAUUCAUUCACCAAUUGAUGAAUGUGAAUACACACAUUUUGUAUUGGAUACUAACUAUAGGUCUCACCUCACUUAUGAUAAUUCCCAUUGUCAUAUGUUUAUGCAAAACAAAAAAACAGGACAGAAAAACAAAAUCUUUCAAUAGGUCAAGUUUGGAUCAAAACUCAGAAAAUAUUGGUUCAAAUUGCAACAUCUGGAGAUUUCCCGUUUUUGAAAUUGGAUCAAAUGACAAUGACGUCGACGAAUUCUUCCAAACGAAAAAAAUCAAUUUUGACAACUCUUUUUGGGAAGAGAGCUGUGAAGUCAUCGAUAUAGUUAUGAAAGAUGUAGUAAGGCAAAUGAAAAUGUCAGCUUCGAGGCGUUUUCCCGGUCUUGUUUUAGAAGAUAAUUUAAUCAAACAAGGAAGUUCUCGGGAAGGAUUAAAGGUAUGCGAUCCAUUUGAAUUUGACUACAUCCUACCAUUUAGUAUUGAAGGGUUAACGCUUACUAAAACUGCCAUCUAUGACUGUUACAUGAAUAAAGUACCUGGACUUUUCAAAUAUAAGAUACAAAAUUCAUGUUGUAAAAUACCAUCUUGGAUGGAAAAAUACACUGGGAUUGAUCAUUCAAUGUAUGGAAGAGAAAGAUUUAUUAACACAAGGAACUUUCAAAGAGAAGUAUUGACCUCUCUUGUAGAUAGCGCUGUAUCAGGACUUACGUGUAUCAACAAAAAUACACAACUGACCCAUUCAAAGUACAAUAAGUAUUCAAUUUAUCGAAGUGUUGACCCCCCUACUCUAAAGUUAACAAUACAGGUCGAUAAACUGUUCGGAUUACAUGGGCUCAAAGGCAUAGUUCAGUCGGAGUCCAAAACUCUAAGUAAAGAUAAGAUAACCAUCGAUAUAGAUCUUGUCCCAGCCAUGGUUUUAGCUUACGAUGUUAUUCCAGACCCCUACACAGUUAACAACUUUCACCAAAGUCUGAAAAUCUAUCCAAAAGGAUGGUGUCGAAAAUUAGUACGCAUCUUCUCUUCCUCUGAAGUAUCCGAUACAACUGAACAGGAUGCUAGAAUGAUGUACUGUUUAAGGUACGGUGUUAUGAAAUGGGUAAAUAAAAAGAAUCCAGCAAUACGUGAUGUCGAAAAGGAUAUUUUAUGGCGAGAAUCUACAUGUGGCUACGAGAAGCAUAUAUUUGAUACAGCUCGGAGAAGCCAAAGUCAGAGAUACAUUAUGACAGCAUGCAGAUUGCUCAAAGGAGCACUGAGCAAAUUUCCAUCAGAUUCCACGGAACAACUUGGCAGCGUACUGAAGUCUUAUCACCUAAAACACAUCACUUUAUAUUGUAUCUUGUUUUUGACUAUACCGCGUGAGGAAAACAAACUAUCCAGUGUGAGGGAGGCACUUGGGUACUUUGUAAAAUAUCUCGAACUAUCUCUCAACGCAGAGAACCUGCCACAUUUCUUCUAUGGUAAUCCUUGGCUUGGGCUUGUGUUGCCAGGUAGCCCUUUUGAAGGAGAGAAGGCAAAAUAUAACCUCCUCGCUACAAAGGACCCAGAAACUUUGCGCCAAGCUCGUUACAGCCUGUCUCGAUUCUUGCAGACAUUAGAGGGAUUGUAUUAUGAAGACUGGUGGCUAGAUAGCGAGAAAAUCAAGCGUUUUGAAGAUUUGUUGGAGUAGCAUCAGAAAGACUGAAUAUUGAACAUCUAAACAGUAUGAAAUUAUAGAGCGGAAUAUGUAGUAUACACAGCCUUUAGUUGUUAAAAUAAUAUUUCCAAUCGGA